CUCGAUUUGCAAUUUUUUGCAUGCAGGUGAUAGGAAUCUUUCUACCAUGUUUACAGUAAGUAACCAAGAAACCACCAUCAUGACAGUGAAAGCGCCUAACAAACCAUGCUGCUCCGAUUCCCUUUGCUUGCGCUCCCAGCCCAAGCUCCAACCUCCAACCUCCAAGCGUGUGAGGCGUGACUGCCGCCGUAUCUCAUAUCGAUAGAGCCAUAGCCCGUCCAUCCAUCAGCAACUUUUGAGGUUUCCAGAGGCGACCGAUCAUGCCGCCGCUUUGCUAGAUGAGAUCAAGCAGCACCCCGUCUCUUCUCCAACCCCACACCCAAAUCACAAUCUUCCUUUCCCCCUCUCGCAUUACUUGGAAAGGCUAAUCUUUUCCGUUUUGCUUUGAUCCGUCCCUCUGCUCUGCUCGCUGCCGCUGCCAGCUUUGGCAAAGCCCCAUUAUUGCCCUCUGCCGCCCUCGCCUACUCGCACCUCGCCGUCAAUGCCCGCACUUGGCUCGCCAUCACUGGGAAUCUCCCAUCGCGGUCGAGCGUAGGUGGGGUUCGCCAGGGCUUCAUUUAUUGUCACCCCAAAAGAUUCCAGCUCCAGCUCGUGGGUGGAGCUCUGGUAGCUCGGGGAUUUGAGAGCGUUCUUCUCGAGUUCUUGGGGCCUCUGGUGCCUGCGGCUCCCCUCUCUUUCCGGUGAGGGUUUCAGCUCCGAGCUUCGAUUUCAGUGUGUUCUUGGAGGUUCCCGACUAGAUCCCCUCUUGUAUUGGCUCGCCGGAUUGGUUCAUCCAAGAUCUGAGCUCGGAGCAAGCGAGGAGCCCAAGAUUUCAUCUGGAGCUGCUGCUGUUGGGGUCAUCUGCUGUCUGUCCAUGGGUUCUCGGGCUCGGUCCGGCCGUGGAGGAGCGGCGGCGCUCUUCGUGGCGGCGGUGAUGGUGGUCUCCUGGUCGGCGGCGGGGGUGGGCGCGAUAGGGGCCAACUGGGGCACGCAGGCGAGCCACCCGCUGCCGCCGGACACGGUGGUCAAGAUGCUCAAGGACAACGGCUUCCAGAAGGUGAAGCUGUUCGACGCCGAGGACGGCACCAUGAGCGCCCUCAGGAAGAGCGGCCUGGAGGUCAUGGUCGGCAUCCCCAACGAGCUGCUCGCCAUCAUGGCCAGCAGCAUGAAGGCAGCCGACAAGUGGGUCGAGAAGAACGUCUCUAACUACCUCAACAAAGGCUGCAACGUCAGGUAUGUUGCGGUUGGUAACGAGCCUUUCCUGUCGACAUACAAUGGAAGCUUUCUGCUAACUACCUUUCCUGCCCUCAAGAACAUACAAAGUGCACUUGUGAAGGCUGGUUUGGGCAAUCAAAUCAAAGUAACUGUUCCUCAAAAUGCUGAUGUCUAUGAUACAGCAACGGGCAAGCCUUCUGACGGGGAUUUUCGCACAGAUAUUCAUGACCGGAUACUCGAAAUUGUAAAAUUUCUGAGCGACACUGGUGGUGUUUUUACUGUCAACAUCUACCCUUUCAUCAGCCUCUACAUUGAUCCAAACUUCCCUGCUGAGUAUGCCUUCUUUGACGGGCGCUCACAGCCCGUUGUUGAUGGCUCUGCAACAUACACAAACAUGUUUGACGCAAACCACGACACGCUGAUCUGGGCUCUGAAGAAGAAUGGAUAUGGGAACCUGCCGAUCGUUAUCGGGGAGAUAGGCUGGCCAACUGACGGUGACAUGAACGCAAAUGCUCAGCUCGCCCAGCGCUUCAACCAAGGCUUCAUGACGCAUAUCGCCACUGGGCAAGGGACCCCGAUGAGGCCUGGACCGAUCGACGCUUACUUAUUCAGUCUGAUCGAUGAGGAUGAUAAGAGCAUACAGCCAGGGAACUUCGAGCGCCACUGGGGGAUCUACACAUACGACGGCAUCCCAAAGUAUCAGCUGAACUUCGGUGUACCGAAUUCACAGAUUAAAAGAGCAAGCGGCGUCAAGUACCUUGACAAGAAAUGGUGUGUGCUGAAGCCCACUGUCAGCCUCGACGACCCAAAGCUUCCAGACACGGUGAGCUACGCGUGCGCCAGGGCAGACUGCACCAGCCUUGGCUACAGGACUUCCUGCGGGAUGCUGGACACCCGGAGCAACAUCUCGUACGCCUACAACAGUUUCUACCAGAAGAACGACCAAGACGACGUGGCCUGCGGCUUCUCGGGCUACGCGACGACCACCGGCCAGGACCCCAGCACCGGGACAUGCAGGUUCGGGAUCAUGAUCGAGGUCGACUCGGCCUACUCGUGGAAGCCGCGGCGGGUCCGAAGCAACUACCUCCUGGUGCUUCUCCUUGCACUUGUUCACCUCUGCGUGUCAUCCUCAUAGGUGUUUUUUCUUUUUCUUUGCGGAAGAUGGCCCGGCCAUGACAGCAUCAACAGCCUGGCAGCUUAGAGGGGUAUUUGAUGCCUGCCGUCAGUGUUCAUCCAUGUAGGAACCUUUUUCGAUCGUUUUCUUCUUCUAAUUUCGGUGGAUGCGGACGUCGCAGCCGCAUCGUUGAAUUCUUGUUAGCGUAGCUUUGAUCUUCCGGUACCAUUGUGAUUGGGAUGGUGAUGCACUGGACCAUUUAUACCCAGGAAUGUGACUGAGGGCAUAGCUAUCAAACCUGCAAAUGUGGUGAGUCCA